AACUCAGCAGACACUUAAAUUGUAGUGCACCUAUACGCUGAAACUUACGUCCUGCAGGCACACAGCAGUGAAGCAACUCGUAACUAGCAGCCUCUGAACAGCCAUGGACGAAGUGACAGGAGCUCAGCUGAUCGCCGAGUCGCUAAAGGCUCAGAAAGUGGAGUACAUGUUUGGGAUAGUCGGCGUUCCUGUCAUAGAAGUGGCCAUGGCAGCUCAGGCUGCAGGGAUCAAAUAUGUGGGAAUGCGCAACGAACAAGCGGCGUGCUAUGCAGCAUCUGCCAUUGGAUACCUCACUGGGAGACCAGGUUCCUGUCUGGUGGUGUCUGGACCUGGACUCAUUCAUGCUCUGGGCGGAAUGGCCAACGCUAACAUGAACUGCUGGCCAGUGGUUGUUAUUGGAGGCUCCUCAGAUCAAAACCAGGAAACAGCAGGAGCCUUUCAGGAGUUUCCUCAGGUGGAAGCAUGUCGCCUUUAUAGCAAGUUUUCUGCCAGACCCAGCAGCCUGGACGUCAUUCCUUCAGUGAUAGAGAAGGCAGUUCGCACCAGCAUGUAUGGGCGUCCAGGUGCUUGUUAUGUGGAUAUUGCAGGGGACAUGGUCAAUGCUAAAGUGGACAGGAGCAAAGUCAGAGUUGUGUCCUGCUGUCCAACUCCACCUGUGAGUUUGGCUCACCACGGAGCAAUCGCUGAAGCCAUAUCUGUCUUGAAAGCAGCUAAAAGACCCUUAGUCAUCAUUGGCAAAGGAGCAGCCUAUGGCCGAGCAGAAACGGCCCUGAGGGAGUUUGUGGAAAUGAUUGGUCUGCCAUUUCUGCCCACCCCCAUGGGGAAAGGGGUCCUACCUGAUGAUCACCCCAACUGUGUGGCUGCUGCCCGCUCGAGAGCUCUUCUCCAGGCUGACGUUGUGCUUCUGCUUGGAGCCAGGCUGAAUUGGAUGCUACAUUUUGGUCUGCCACCUAGAUUCAACCCCAAUGUCAAGAUCAUCCAGGUGGACCUUUGUGCUGAGGAGAUGGGGAACAAUGUGAGCCCUGCUGUUGCUCUCCUGGGAGACAUCAACGCUGUUGUCAUUCAGCUGGUGGAGGUCGUCCGUAAAGACGGCUGGAAAUAUGCCUCUGAUUCAGAGUGGUGGAGCACACUGAAGGACAAAAUUGUUGCUAAUGCAAAAAUAUCAAAGACGCUCGCUCUUCAGUCGACAGUGCCCAUGAACUACUACACAGUGUUUCAUCACGUUUCCCAGCUGUUGCCACAUGACUGUAUCAUCGUCAGCGAGGGUGCAAACACUAUGGACGUAGGACGCACUAUGUUGAACAACUACCUACCUCGACACAGGUUGGAUGCUGGUACAUUUGGAACAAUGGGAGUUGGCCUCGGCUUUGCUAUAGCAGCAGCCACUGUGGAGAGGAGCGAGCAUUCAAACCGAAGGAUAGUCUGUGUGGAAGGAGACAGUGCCUUUGGAUUUUCUGGCAUGGAAGUUGAAACCAUGUGCAGGUAUAAUCUACCUGUGGUCAUCAUUGUGGUCAAUAAUAAUGGCAUUUACAGCGGAGUGGAUCCUGAGACGUGGAAAGAAAUGGCAAAAAUGGGAGAUCUGACCUCUAUUGCCCCUCCUGUGACCCUCCUACCCGAGGCACGCUAUGAUGAGGUCAUGACGGCGUUUGGAGGUCGAGGGUUCCUGGUGAGGACGGUGGAGGAGCUGCGCAGUGCUUUACAGCUCAGCCUGAGUGACUGGGAGAGACCAAGUCUCCUAAAUGUGCUCAUUGACCCGUCCUCUGACAGAAAACAGCAGGUAACUGUCACCUGUCAGGAAUGUGUCUUCUCAGUCAUCCUGAGAAGUACAGGUCAAAAUGAAAAAAAUCCACUGUAGUUUUAUUGUGAAGGAAAUCCCCAGCUGUGGGAAUGCCACGCCCCCUGGUGGUUGAGCAUGUAAUUUAUGCUGCAUUGUCACUUUCCUGCUUCUUAAAAAACGCUGUUGUGUCUGCUUUUCUCCAACAUGGUCAAUGCCCCAUCCAAGGGGGCUGGGACUUCAUCUGGCGACGGUCAAAUGUGAAUGGUUGACACGGUCCUUAUUCACGUGGAGACAUGGCACCUCCACCGGAUAAACGUUGAGGGUUUCCCGUCUGUCAUUACAACGGAAUACCUUUAGCUUCAUAAUAUAUUUCCAUAGCUAAAUCCACAUGUCCAGAAUUCUGUGCAGUCCCAGAUUGGCCAACCUUAUGGUCCAGGACCUAUAAGCUGCCCGAAUCCAUGACCUAUGCAGAAUUGUUGCAGACUACCAGAGAGUCAGGAUUAAUGUGUCAUGAACUUGGCAUUGGUCAUAACGACUGAGAUCUUAAGUCUCGUCUGGUACCACAUUUUAUCGAGUUGAAUUGAAAAGUAGAACAGAAAGGAGAUGUCCAAUGACAUUGAGAGUCACAGCAGUAAAGCCAGGCGUGAUUUAAAAGCAGCAGCCACUCGGGUUCAUGAGUAGUGCAGAGCAAGAAACAGCUUGGUGUUUACUUGGCUCUCGUCUCAUCCUUAUAGGGCUGCGUGACCGACAUGCUUUACUGAACAGUAAUCCGCACACUCCAGGUGCACUGCAGAACUGUUGUAUUCCUCUCACAAUCCCUCCACCUCACACUAACCUGACCUUUCUAUUUCAGGUUCCCCAUAAUUAGAAAGCGUGGCCCUCUGUGUUUAUGUUGAAUGUAUCCAUGCAACCCUUCGCAGACAUGUUUGAAGGCUGUAUUGAGGGCUGUAUCCAUGGUGCUGAGCUCUCUGUGACCAGGAGAAAGAAUUAUCACCUUGUGAGAUGUGCUGCCCUCAUUGUUUGCCUCCUAACUGUUAUCCAUAUUCAGAUUUGAAGUUGAGUUUUAGGCAGUGGAGGAAGAACUGUUUAUGUUGUCUGGUAAAAGUCAGUUUUGGAAUGUGGAGACUGAAUGGACUCAACAUAGAGCUGAUAUAUGUAUCGGUCAAUCAUCGUAGGAGGUCUAAUAUAAUGCUGUCUUGUCUGCAGGAGUUCCCAUGGCUCACACUCUCCAACUUAUAGACUGAAAGAAGGAUCUGCCUCCUGCUCUGUCCAGAACAUUAUCAGACCAGCAGUGACUGUUUUCCUCAGUAAACUCAAACUGGGAAAAUAUAUAUAAAUAUUAUGUGAUUGUUUCCAUGAAAUAACAACUACUUUUUUUUUUUUUUAAAUGAAU